AGAGGUGCUGGACCUGCUGGGGCUUUGGGUGGCCGACUGGCUGUGAAGCCAAGAGCCGAGGAGACCAGUCCUGCUGCAGAUGGAGCUGCCGGGUGAUGCCAGAAGCUGCAAAUGCCAACCGAGCUGUUGUGGACCAGUGUGGGAUUGCUCAGAGGAAGGCAGGGGGAACAUGACUGAACGGAGCCAACUUUGUUUCCCUUCUUUCUCAGAAGAAAACAAGUAUGAACCCUGCUUGGAUUAAAGAGGGUUAUGGGCUGCCUGUUUGGGAAUUUGUGAUUGGGACUUCAUGAAGUUGCAGUUGGGUUGAAGCUGCAACAUGGCUACUGGCAAGCUCCACCGGUCCGGGGAGUUCUCCAAAAUGUCUAAUGGAUUCCAGAGUAAAGUGGUAGCACCUUGCAAUCUGAAGCUAGUCAGAGAGGCGGGGGAGUGUGUCACUCUGACUCCCUCUGCCUUCCUGAAGGAGAUGUCUCUUACCACUAAGCAGAGGCUGGCCAGCACUCGGGAGAUGAGGCCGCCCCGGAUUCUUCAGCUUCUAGACAUCAGCGACACCUCCCAUCAAAAGUUCUCAGCAGUUGACCCAGACCAGAGCUUGUUUCAGCCUUUUCCUUCAGAGGUGGUAUUUCAGAACUACGUCCCCUGCGAGGUCUACGAAGUGCCACUGAUUCUGAGGAAUGUUGACAAGGUUCCUCGCCUGGUGAAGGUUGUCUUGGAGAUGUCACCUUACUUCCAGUUGAUCAGCCCCAAUGACAUGUGCCGUAAGGUAGCACCUGGCAUGCUUUCAACUUUCCGCAUCCUUUUUACCCCUGAGGAGAACAAGGAUUAUUUCCACCAGCUCAUCUGCAUCACAGAAAGGGAAAAGUUUAUUGUGCCAAUCCGAGCUAUAGGUGCCCGAGCUAUCCUGGACUUCCCUGACCAGCUGAACUUCUCCGUCUGUCCAGUCAAGUACAGCACCCAGAAAACCCUGCUGGUUCGCAACAUCGGCAAUCGGGAGGCUCGCUACCGCAUCAGCACUCAGAGCCCUUUCUCCGUCGAUCCCUCCAUCGGGACGCUUGGCAUCGGUGACGCCAUGCAAGUGACCGUGGAGUUUCACCCGCUGAAGACAGGGGAUCAUUCCAGUUCCCUGGUAGUACACUAUGACACAGGUGAAGAUAUUCACACAAGCCUUUAUGGAGCAGCUGCAGAUGUCAACAUCAGGCUAGUCAGGAACUACCUGACAGUUGAGAAGACUUACCUCACUCUGUCAAACCACAGAUCUGUGGUCAUCCACAAUCAGAGUGAAAUCAUAGUCCGCUUCCAGUGGAAGGCUUUUGUUACUCAGGAAGAGGAGGAUCAGCAGAAGCUGAGGCUGUGCCACAUGCUGCAGAGGGAGGAAGAGGACAAGAUAGAUCAUUUUCUGGAGGAGUGCGUGGUGGACCCCAAGCUCCGAGGACGCUUUUCCCUUCUCUCCCGCGCCUUCCAGAACCAGCGGGCAAAGGUGCGAGGAGAUUCCAUGCUUUUCUGCGAUGAUGUCUUCGCCAUUGAGCCGGUGGAGGGAGAGAUCUGGCCAAAUUCUUCAGCUGAAAUUAAUGUGAUCUUUAAACCCCGAGAAGCCAGAGUCUAUCAAGAGAUGGUCUACUGUGACAUCUCAGGCCGUGAGACCAGGCUGCCCCUGUGCAUCAAAGGGGAAGGCAUAGGGCCCCGGCUCUGCUUCAACUUUGAGCAGCUGGACAUCGGGAAGGUUUUUGUUGGAUCAGCCAACAGCUAUGAGGCGAUCCUGUUUAACAAAGGACCCAUCAAUGCUGUCUUCAACUUGGUCCCUCCAGCUACAGUUCUGGGCUCCUGCUUCACCUUCCUCCCCCAGGAGGGCACCGUUUUGCCAGAGGAGCUCCAAGUCAUCCGGAUCUCCUUCAGUUCCACCAUCCUGGGGCAGUUCACAGAAGAAUUUAGGUUCAGUGUGAAUGGAUCCCCUGAGCCUGUGGCCUUGACUAUCAGGGGCUGUGUCAUUGGACCAACUUUUCAUUUCGACGUACCCGCCCUCCACUUCGGUGAUGUCUCCUUCGGCUUUCCUCACACCUUGCCAUGUCGCCUCACAAACACCUCCUUGGUGCCCAUGACCUUCAGCCUUCGCAUUCCUGGGGAUGGCUCGGGAAAGCCCAGUGCUAGCAGUUUUGUUCAGAUGUCAGGCAGCACUGGCUCAUCCUGGAGAAAGGGAGCCCAACGAUGCCCCAAGCCAAGGGAAUUUACCAUAAAGCCCUGCAGAGGGACCGUCCGCUCCCUGGGAGUCCUGGAUAUCCAGGUCACCCUGUGUUCCAACACUCUGAAGAGCUACGAGCUGGCGCUGGUGGUGGAUGUGGACGGUGUUGGCAAGGAGGUGUUGGCGCUGCUCCUCACAGCCAGAUGCAUAGUUCCUCCGCUGCGAGUGCUCAACCCCAUCGUGACAUUUGGACGGUGCUUUCUAAAAUUCCCUUACCAGCAGAUGCUGACCCUUGUGAACGACAGCGAUCUCCCAGGCUGCUACCAGCUUCUUCCUCAGAAACACAAGAAGGAGGCUUCUGUGUGGUACUCCAGCCGGGCGCCGUGUGGGAUUGUCCAGCCUCACAGCUCAGUGGAGGUCCCGUUCACGCUGGAAGCCCAGGUGGUGGGAGAGCAGGACACCAUUGCUCAUGUCGUGGUGUUUGGGAAUGAAAGAUCCCCUCUGAAAAUCCAUUUAGUGAGCACUGGAGAAGGACCAGUUGUCUACGUACAUCCAAGUAAGAUAAAUUUCGGCAGUAUCCAAGUUCUACAAGAUGCUUCCCAAACCCUCCACCUCUCCAAUCAGACUGUCAUCCCUGCAUUCUUCUGGGCAGAGAUGGCUGGAAAAUGCUCACGCUGGAGGAUUGAACCCAGUAAAGGAGUGAUCCCCCCCGAGACAGAAGUGUCAGUGGCUGUCAUAGCAAAUUUGGAUGACACUGAGAAAUUCAAGGACGAGGUGAACCUGUUCAUAGAGAACAGCCACACCUACGCUAUCCCCGUCCGGGCUGUUGGCAUCGGCACCACGAUUGUCACCGACAAACCCUUUGCUCCGGAGCUCAACUUGGGACCCCACUUCAGCCUGGAUCCCUGCUGCUACCACUUCAAGAUAACGAACAAAGGACGACGCACCCAUCAGCUCUACUGGACAACGGAAGGUUUCGCCCCGUUUCGCCCCCAUGAUCGUCUCCCUCCCAUCAGUAACACCAAGGGCAAAGGUCCCUCCCAGAGCCCCGUACCUGCCUGCCCUGUGUUUAAGCUUCGACCACUCAGGGUGGAGCUGAUGCCAGGCAAGACUAUGGACAUGAUGCUGGAAGGCUUUUCCAGCACUCCCCAGGUAGCGAAGGAGCGGCUGCUGUGCCACGCCAUCGUGGGGAGCAAGGCAGGGAAGGUACAGAUAAUGCAAGUGGAUGUCACGUGCGAGUUCGUUGCUCCCAUUCUGCAGAUGUCCUCCAGAGAAAUCACUUUCCGGACGGAGAAGCAACCCAGUGAUGUCCUAACUCUUCAGUACCAGCCUCUUUCUUUAAAAAACAUCACUUCCCUGCCACUCAGCAUUGUCCUGGCCUUAGAGCAACCCUUCUCAAUCUGCAAUGCAGACCGGCAGCCCCUCUCUGCGGAUGUUCAGCCCAUGAAGCUGGAGAUAGGGGAGGAACUUCAUCUUUCCAUCAGAUUUAACCCUGCUUAUGAAGAGGGUUUGAAUAUCCGGGUAGUAGAGAAGGUUCUGAAGAUACAGUUUCUUGAGCACCCUCAUGAGGAGCAGGUCACCAUUCGGGGAGAAGUCUACUUUCCAAAUCUCCACAUCCAGACCAUGGCCCUGGACUUUGGCUGCAUCUUGAAUGACACUGAAGAUGUGCGUUAUGUCAAGAUGACCAAUUGCAGCCCGCUUCUUGUCCAGUACCACUGGUCGUUCCUGAUGGACAGCCACGUGAGCCAGAUGAGGUUCAGCCCUCCAACACCGAAAUUUUUCAUCCAUCGCCAACCACCAAAGGAGGAGGGAGCCUGUUUGGAGCGCUCGGCGUCUGCAGAGAGCAGCGCCGGGGAAGGAGGUGUGGAGGAGCCACCCGAAGCCCUGGGAGCCACAGGGGAUCCUGCCCGAGAGCCACCAGAUGCAGAUGUCACCCUGGAAGCUAAGCUGCUACCAUCCACUGCUGCGGAGCUGGAAGGUGCUGUGGAAACUCAGAGCCCACUGGGGAUCAAGAGGUUGAUGCAGUUUGUGGAGACAGAGCCCCUCACCUUGGGAAUGGAGGAGGUUUUCGAUGUCCUGCCGCUGUACGGUGUGCUGCAGCCGGGCGAGAGCCAGCAGGUCAUGUUCACCUUCUUUGGCCACACCAAUAUCGUCGCCCACGUCAUGGCGCUGUGCAGGGUGGAGGGAGGCCCAACCUACGAGAUCAUGCUGAGGGGGGAGGCCUCGCUCAUCAACUACAUCAUAGACAUCACGGAGAUCGACUGCGGGCUGCAGCUGUUUAACAAAGUCACCGAAGCAGAGGUCACCCUGCAGAACAGCGGGAAGGUGGGGUUCACCUACGUGGUGCUAAUCCCCAGCGCGGCAGACAGCCUUCUGCCCGGCGUGCCCCUGGUCCUGCCCAGCACGGGAUACAUUGGACCUGGCAAGGAGCAAGUGCUGAAAGUUCAUUACCUGCCAGGAGUGCCUGGAGUCUUCUGCAGGACUUUCCAGAUCCAAGUGGGUCACCUGGAACCAGAAGAAAUCUCCCUGAAAGGAGAGGGGAUCUUUCCCAGGAUCUACUUGGACCUGCCCAGGAACAUCAAAGGAAAUGAAAAAUAUGAGAAGGUCCUCAAGGAGGUGAAAGAAAAAAUGGAAAAAGAGAGCCAGAGAGAGGAAGCAGUUGAUCUGGAGGAUGGUGCAGCCGCAGAGCCACCCACGGAUGACUCAGGCACCGCGUUGGACCCUCGGCUGCAGAUGCAGAUGGAACAGAUGCUGAUAGAGGAACAUGCCCUGGAGCAGCAGAAAGCUCUCGCCUCUGGUCCCCCAGAGGCCACUGCCUUUGAUGAGUGUGCUUGUCGGAGGCUUCUCAAAGCUGAGCUUCCCGAGUACGUCCUGGACUUUGGCUAUGUCAUUCUUGGUAACAUCCACACGCACAUCGUGAAGAUCACCAACACCGGGCAGUUCCCCGUGUCCUUCCACGCCGAUGGACGGGCCCUGCGUGACACAGGUUUCAGCAUGGAGCUGGACCGUGUGAAGCACCUGCCCUACUGCGAGACCGAGACGUUUGAAGUGCGCUUCGACCCACAAAGUGCCAACCUGCCCCUGGGAGAGGUGGACGUGCUCCUGCCCAUCAAGGUAGCAGGAGGCCCCACGUUUCACGUCCGCCUCCGUGCCAACGUGGCUGUGCCAUCCCUCUGCAUCUCCAGGGAUAGGCUGGAGUUCUCCACUCUCCAGUGCGGGCAGUGCCAGGAAGAAACUGUCCAGCUCCACAAUCAGCUCCAGGUCCCCUGUAGUUGGUUCAUCACCAUGAAUGAGCCUGUUAAGAAGGUGGACAAACACUGGCCAGCGAGCGUGCGUCGGAAGCUGCCCCAGAAGGCAAAAGCCAAGCCGUGUGUCUUCAAGGCGCUGCCCUUGGCUGGAGCCCUCGCUCCAGGGCAGCGAUGCAACGUGAGAAUCCGGUUUGCACCCACGGAAGAGAAGUCCUACCGAAGCGAGAUGAAGAUUAACAUUUGCCAGAGCAGCCAGCACCUCCAGCUACAGGUCUCGGGGCAUGGGCUAGAGCCACAGCUGGAGUUCAACCCCCCAGUGCUCGAGCUGGGACCGUUGCUGCCGUACAGCCAGGGGGUGGAGGGCACAGUGGUGGUGAAGAAUCCAUGCGAGUUCCCCGUCGAGUUUUACUCGCUGGAGUUUGACCAGCAGUACCUUGCUGAGGAGCAGAUCCUGCGGAUGCUGAAAGACUACGAUUGCCACAACACCUUACUGCUGCCUCCACGUGCACCGGGUGAGAAGCUGCCUCCAGAGGUGCUGGAGUACUAUCAGCACCAGAAGAAGCUGCAGGAUGAGCAGGCAAAGCCCACAACUGGGGAAUCAGCAGGCCAGGACAACGACUUUGAAGAUGUCCAGUCUCUGUCAGAUCAAGGAAAAAGGCCCUCUGCUGCAGUCGUUCACACCUCAUGCCAUAGCUCAGUCGUUCCCUCCUCCAUUUUUGAUGAAAUCCAGUCCAGCAAGCUGGACUUUAAAUCUGAAUGUGGAGAUGAGCAGGAGGACGGUGUUGAGAGAAGACAGGGGACAGCGGAGCAUCAGCUAAGCACCACCAGCAGCAAGGUGGCCGUGGGAGAACUGGACGACAGCCCUGUCUAUCGAGCCAUCGCCCGUCACCUUGGCAUUGAUAUCUCUGCAGAAGGGCGUGCAGCCCAAAACCGCAGAGGGAUCGUCGUCAUCGUCCAUGGAGCACCCCUGACAGGGAAGACGGCGGCAGCGGUUGCCCUGUCCAAAUAUUAUGGAGCUGCCUGCUUGUCCAUUGACACCGUGGUGACAGAAGCCAUCUCAGACAGGAGCACCUCAGCAGGGCUGCGUGCCCGGGAGCUGUGCAUCAGGGCUGCUAUCGAGCAGAGCUGCAAGGAUACAGAGGGUGCUGGUCAGAACACCGACGUCUCCCUCAGCCUGCAGUUAGGCACCGAGGCCAAGCACAGCCCAGAUGUGAGCCGGUCCAGCUCUGUGGACAAAAUCAGCCUGCAGUCCAUCAGUUCCCGAGGCCGGGUGAGCACCUCAGCGGGCAAGAAGGCGACGGAUGGCCACACAUCCCAAUCCCAGAAACAGUAUCUCAUGGAACCGCCGGUCUUCCAGCAAUGGCUGAGCAUCAGUGGCAGCACAGCAGGAGAGCUGGGUUUCAGGAGCUGCGUGCUGCCUGAGGACUUGCUGGUGGCCAUCCUCUCUGAAAGGCUCCAGUUGAGCGACUGCUACCAGGGAGUGGUGUUUGAUGGCCUGGAGACCCUCUUUACACACAACACAGCAUCUACUCUCCUCUGCUUGCUCAAAGCUGUCGGAAAUCGGCCUCGUAUCUAUUUUGUGAACCUGUUCCAGGAUUAUGCUGCUCUGAAAGCCAGGGAGACAGCCGCAAAAGAGCAGGAAGAACGGGAGCAGGAAGAAGCUGCCAGGAGGGAGAAAGCACGACUCUGGGAGAUGGAUGAGGACGAGUAUGAUGCCCUCACUGAGGAGCAGAAAACGGAGUUUAAUAACAGUAUACAACAAGUCCAGCGUGAGAGGAAGAAAAGGAAGAUGGAGCAGCUGGCUCAAGAGCUCAAGGAAAAGCACCGGCGGGAGCUACAACGCUUGAAGGAGGAAGAGCUGAAGAGGUGGUAUAAGCGGGUCAAGAGAGAGCUUGGAAAAGACAAAGAUAGUGCUUCAGGGCACAAAAGCCAUCCUGUAGUCAGACAGAAUACGAACACAUCCACCAGCAACACCAAUGCAUCCAUCAGCAACCUGUCAGAUGUCACCGAGGGGGUAGACAAGAAAGCAUCUGUAAAGGAGCACCUAGACUCUCUUUCAAGUGACAAGGAGGAUAAGAAAAAGCAGAGCAAGGUUCCCCUGACAGAUGCCUGCCCAGUGGAGGUUGUACAACCCACAGACCCAGAGCAGGGGGAAACUGAAACCAACGCCCAGAGUGACAGCGAGAACUUGGCCCUGAGGUUUAAGAUCUAUGAGGCAUCGCAGAAGGAUGUCACACAUAUUUUAUCAUUCUGGGACAGGGCUCAGGGUAUCCUGCUGUCCCCUCUGGACCAAGAAGCAGUGCAGCACCAAGUAGAAGACCAGCGCCGACAUUUAUCCAGAUUCAGGACGCGGAAGGACAGAGAGAAGGAGCAUCAGAAGAGGCUGGAGAAGGAGCGUGCGGAGAAAGAGCGGCUGGAAAAACUGAAGGCUCUUGAGGACUCCAAAUUAGCUGGGCUGGAAGGGGAAGGUGCGGAAGGGUCAGCUGGAAGCCAGGAUGUCGGGGUGCCCAGCUUGGACAUCCAGGUGUUGAGCUCCAAAGAUGUAACUGGGAUGAUUCUGGAGAGUGGCAAGCUGCCAGCGGCAGAGCAGAUCCUGGAUGACCUGGGACUGGGUCCCUCAGGGCCUCCCAUUCCCCCUACCGCUUUUUACUCUGUGAUCCACUACCCGGAGAAGCGGAUGGUCCCUGCAGCUGGAGAAGCCCUCAAGCACUUCAUCUUUGUCGUGCCAGAAGGUGCCACUGCCAAAGAAGAGAAAAAGGAUACUGAAAGUCUCGCGGAUGCCUCCGUUGUGCCGGUAAUGAGGGUGUUAGAGGAGCAGGUCACCCCAAGCAGGGGCCGGUUGAGGAAGGAGAAAGCCUCAGGCAGCCGGGGUGCUGCGAAGGAGAAGCGGAGCACUGGCCGACGCAGGAAGGGUGUUCAGGGUCCGGGCCGGAAAGCACCCACACAGCCCCUGGAGGCCAGCAAAGCGACGUGGACGGAGUCUCCGUCCCCAAGGAAAGCCGUCAGGCUGAGCUGCUGCCGGUGGGUGGUGCCUGCCCGCGGCGAGGUGGAACUGAAGGUCUGCUUCAGCUCCACGGUGGUGGGGCAGUUUGAUCAGACGCUGCAUUUUGAGGUCCUGGGGACAAACCGACUGUACCAGCUGCACUGCAGAGGUACCUGCCUGUAUCCCACCAUCAGCCAGGACCCAUGGGUGGUGUUUCCUCGUCAGAGGAAGAGCAAGGCGGAUGAUGACAUCAUCUUCAAGCAGUACGUCUUGAACACGGGUGUAUUCCACUUUGGACCGCUGCUGUGUGGGAAAUCAAGAGACUGGUACAAGGGGGAGCGCUAUCCCAGAAACUACGAGAAGAUAACCAUCCUCAACGUCACCCCCUUGGAAGCAGAGGUGCAUUUCUCCUUUGAGCACGAUCUCAAAGCGAACACGUUCCUUUUAGACCCUCCCAGCAUGAGGCUGAAAGCUAAUGAGAAGCAGGAGCUGAGCAUUUGGGCGUACCCCACUUCAGCUGGCCUGGUGGAAGACAACAUCAUCUGCUGCAUUAAGGGGAACCCAGAGCCCGUGGUCUUCCGCCUGUGCUGCCAGGGGGUGCAGGUGAAGCUGGGGGUCAGCCCCAAGCAGGUGCAUUUCGGCAAGCUGCUCCUGCACAGGAGGGACAAAAAGACCCUGGUCCUCCAAAACGACACCCUACUGCCUGUGGCCUGGCGGUUCGGUGGCCUGGAAAACCUCGGCGAGGACUUUUCCAUGUCACAAGAGGAGGGCAUCAUUGGUCCCUGCACGGAGUUCAGCGUGCAUCUGUCCUUCAGGGCCACGCAGGCUCUCAACAUUAAGAAGACGAUCCGAUUAGAGGUUUCAGAUGCAGAAAACAUCCUGGGAAUUGUUCAGGUUGAAAAUAUCCAAAUCCUUGCAGAAGCCUAUGAUGUUGCUCUGAGCAUCAACAUUUUUAAAGGUACAGAUGGCAGCGUGGAUUUUGGAAUCCUCAAGGUCCUGGAUGAUGCGAAGCAAGUGCUGACUCUGAAGAACAAAGGGAAUUAUGAAAUUGUGUACAGUUUCAAGCUGGAAAGCGCAGAUAACGACAUACCCGACUUGGCAUCCCACUUCACUGUCCAUCCACAGAAGGGUGUGCUGACUAACUCCGAGCGCCUUGUGCCGAUCCAGCUGCUCUUCCACCCCAAGAUAGAAAUAGAUAUUGAGAACAAACCCAUCCUGCACUGCCAGGUGAUUGAGCCCAGCGUCUGUGAAGGAGGCGAGACCAUCGCCAUCAUCCCAGUGAGGGUGUCAGCGAAGGCUGUGUUCAGCAAGUACAGCAUUUACCCUGCCUCGCACAUCAACUUCGGUGCCAUGGUGAACGGCAGCAGGAAAACCUCCACUUUCAUGCUGGAGAACAAAGGCAUCCUCGACUUUAAAUUCCUCAUCUACAGAGCAGCCCAGGAUGCAGCUGUAUCGCCAAGGAAAAGUGCACUUCGGAGGAAAUCCACCCGCCUCCACGAGAGUGAAAACUUAAGCAGAACGACUCCCUCGGUCAAGCAAAGCAAGCCCUCGCUGCAAAAGGAUGCCAACGCCUUCAUGCAGGCUCGCCUCACUGUGGGCAUGUUCACGGUGUACCCUGGCUUUGGCUCCAUCCCUCCCGGGGGCCAGCAGAUGAUCACGGUGGAUUGCUAUGCAGAGGGACCGGGGACAUGCAAGGAGCACCUAUCCAUCGACAUCAGCGACAGAGACCCCAAGGACAAUCCCCUUGGCAUCCCCUACACCCUGUUUGCCGAGUCCUGCCUCCCAGCAUUUGUGGUUGACGACAUAGAGUCCAUCUUCGAGGAGCAUCGAAUCUGCAGCAACAUCAACCAGUGCCAGGCCCUACAGAUGCUGGAAGACAAGGGUGUGUUCAUCACAGACGAGAACAAGUUCGUCUUCAUUAACGUCCUGGUUGGGCACAAGGCCACAGCUCGCUUCAAGAUCCGCAAUGUGAACAAAGUCCCCUGUAACGUGGGCCUCUCCAUCAAACCCAUCCGUGGCAAGCCUAACAGCCAAGCGUGCGACGUUUUCGAGGUGGAUCCCGUUCGGCUGUGUGUGCCCAGCCACUCCCACGCCUUCGCCACGGUCACCUUCACUCCGCAAACGAUGCAGAACUACCGGUGCACUUUUGAGGCUUCCCUUGAUGUCCCGGCAAGCCCUGCCACGACUAAAGCACAAAGCCUGACCUUUGAUAUCAGUGGAGACGGCAAUCUGCCGCUGGUGACAGUCCUGCGCCCGGUCCUUCACAAUCAGAGUGGGAACCCUCUGCUGCUUUUCAAGAGGCUGUUGCUGGGCAGUUCAGAAAAACUCCCUCUGGUCCUUCAUAACGGCGGCGUCCUACCUGUCCAGCUGAUGAUAGACCUGUUAGAUGAAGGGGGAGUUUUCUUCUUGAAAGCCAGGCCCACCACAGACUGCAUCUACCAAGCUGCAGACGUGAAGGAGGACUCUCCCGGAGAAGAGAGGAAGCCUCACACGGCCUCCCUGGUCCUGCAUCAUGGGGAAGUAGCAGAGUUUGACGUGCUUUUCAAACCCACCCUGGCCCAGCGUGUGGAAGGGAAGAUCCACCUGUCAGUGGUGGACAACCCCUACGAAGCGACCGACAUUCAGCUGGUGGGUGAAGGCUACGAGGACGACUUCACAAUAGAUAACAUCCAUGGCCUAGUGGCAAACAGCGGGGAGGACAACACCGAGGGCGAUCUGGAGGAAGACAUAAUUGAGGCCGCCAGAGUGGAUCACAUCCAGUUUGGGGACUGUCACGUCGGGACGCCCUACCCGGUGACCUUCACGAUCGCCAAUCGCAGCAGGGUGGAGGCGAUGCGGUUUGAGUGGCGGGCAGCCACCCCCUUUCACUUCUCCCCCCAGGUGGGACACCUCCAUGCUGGCUGCUCUAAGGACAUCACGGUGACCUUGAAGUCGGACGUCGCGGUGACCUUCAAAAAGCACCUUGUGAAGUGCAAGGUGGCGAGGAUCGCCUUCCAGCUGCCGCCAGAGCAGGUUGCCGACUGGGACGACCGCCUGCGCACCGUCAAGUGGGUGGAUGCCACGAGGGGCCCGGAAGCCACGUGGCCUGUCAAGAAGAAGGUGAUCGAGACAGACCCGGAGCCAGCUCACACUGUCCUGGAGAAGAGCAUCCGUGAGGUGGAGCUUCACCUCAGUGCUGUCGUUGACUAUGCUGAGUUCAAGCUGGAGACGGACAUGGUUGAGUUCAAGGAGACCUUGCUCUUCCAGACGCGGACGUUCGCUUUCCAGCUGUCUAAUACAGGGAACGUGGCCCUGGAAUACACCUGGAUGGAAGCUGUAGAGGAUGAAAGGGCAGGGAGCCAUACUGGGGAGCUGCUCCCACCCAGUCUGGAUGGGGGUUUCCUCUCCUCCACUUCUGUGACACUCCAGCCUAGCUGUUGUUCGAGCCAGCUGGGCCAGGCUCUGGAGCAGGUCUCUUCCUCCCUGAGCUCAUCUCUGAACGCCAUCAGUCCCACCCCGCUGUUCUCUGUCGAGCCCCGCAGCGGCACCAUCCCUGCAGGACAGGAGCAGCUCUUCCAGAUGAAGUUCUCCCCGGUGUACGUGGGGGACUUUGAGAGCCGUAUGCUCUGCAGUAUUCCUAACCUGAGGCCAGAUCAGAAGAGCCCAGAGGUGGCUGUGAAGGCGAGAAGCCUGAUGCCACAUUGCCACUUUGAACUGGAGGACUCUGACUACAUCACCACAAAAAGGCGCACCCCAGAGCUGCAGGGACCAAAGGGGGCAACGUUAGGUCUUGACACAAGAGUGAUUGAGUUUGCGGCAACUGGAGUGCGUGGCAGGAACAGCAAGACCUUCAUGGUUAUGAACCCAACCAGUUCUGCGUAUUCCUUCCAGUGGACUUGCCAAGAUCCCGAAGCCCCACCAGAACAGGUGGCUUUCUUCUGCCUCACAGAGAGAGGUCACAUCCAGCCAGGGAAGAAAGCAGAGAUGAAGUUUGAAUUCAUCCCCCGGCACCUGGACAUCACCGAAUCAUUCUGGGUCUUUACAAUCCCUGAGCAGAGCCUUUCAGUCCCAUUCCUCUUGGUGGGCAACGCAGCCGACCCGCUAGUGACUCUGGACAGAUCCCACCUGAACUUCCAGUCGCUGUUAGUCGGGCACGAGGUACACCAGACUAUCCAUAUAAUCAACAGUGAGAAGGAAGCCUUCAGCUUUGCUUUCAGAGAAAGCUCUCUCUUCUCAGAGGGAUGCAAUGCCUCCGUGAAAAUAGAGCCCUUGGAAGGCUCCAUCGCUCCUCUUUCAAGGUUUCCCAUUACAGUCUUCUUCACACCAAGACUAGAAGGAGAGGCGGUCUUCAACCUCAAGUGUGAUGUCAAGAGGAAGACCCAGCCCCUCUCCUUGAAUGUCAAGGCCACUGGCUAUGGCAUGAACAUGUCUGUCAGGUGUGAGGACAGAGGCAGCUGUGUCACUGAGCUCAGUGCACAGGAGAUCAACGUCAUUGAUUUCAAGGAGGUACAGCUAAACGAGAACAUCAAGCGCAUCUUCAGCAUCUACAAUAACAGCAAGUUCAGCUUCACCUUCUCGUGGGAACUGAGUGGCCCCCCAGCCCGUAAGCAGGUCCUCACUAUCACCCCUCGGACAGGCGUCGUGCAGGCGGAGGGGAAAGCAGAGACACAGCUGGCUUUUCACCCCCAGAAGAUGUGUUCUUUAAAGGACGUAGAGCUGACACUGCAGAUCAGCAAGGGUCCCAGAUUUACCUGCGUGUUCCUGGCCACGGUGGUAGUGCCCGCUGUCCACUUCUCCACUACCAGACUCAACUUUGGAACCUGCUUCACCUACCACGCUGGGAUGACACCAUCCUGUCAGACCCUUGUCAUCACCAACAAGGCAGAUAAGGAUGUGAGUUUGAGCUGCUUGUUCACCAGCACCGCGCACCUGGAGGUGGACUACCCAGGGUACAUCGUACGCCCAGGAGAGGCAGUGAAGGUGCCCAUCACUUUCUAUCCCAGAGAGGUUGUGUCUUACCGUGAGCUCAUCCCUUUUGAAAUCAACGGUCUUUACCAGCAGAUUGUUGAGGUCCAAGGAAGGGGCACGGAAAUGAAGAUUGAUGUUGUGGAACCACAAGGAAAGGUGGUGAAGCUGGGAGCCCUCUCCAUUGGACAGACGGUGAAGAAGAUCGUCACCAUAGCAAACAACAGUGCUGCCCCUCUCACUUUUAAGCUCAGUCUCCUGUCCACCAUGCCAGAGCUGCAAGAACCUGGGGUCCUCUGCUUGAAGCCCACCAGCGAACUCAGCCUGAAGCCCAAAGGAGAUACGUGUAAAGUGGAAGUGACUUUCUCCCCCAAGUGCCGCAUCCAGCCGUUCACUGAAGAAGUGAUGUUGGAGUGCGACGGCCUGGUGCGCUCCCUCUUCAUGGUGCGGGGCUCCUGCCAGGGCGUCUGUGUCAGCCUGGACCCGGAACACCUCAGCUUUGGGGCGGUGGUGCAGCGGAGCUACACGUCCCGGCGCCUCACCAUGCAGAACACGGGCGACAUAGGAGUCAAGUUUAAGUGGGACGUCAAGAGCUUCAAGCCGGAUUUCUCCAUCAGCCCCACGAAGGGUUACAUCUCCCCAGGAAUGGAUGUCCCCUUCGUUGUGACCUUCCGCCCCACUGAGCUGAGCCAUGCUAUCCAGUACGAGGGCCUGCAGUGCUUCAUCGAGGGCAGUGAGCCGCUCCAGCUGACACUGGAGGGAUGCUGCAUGGAGACCCCUGUGACCAAAGAGACACUGACUUUCACGUGCGUCGUGCGCGAGAAGCACAGCCAGACCAUCCUCCUGUCCAACCCGAGCAGCGAGGACUGGACCGUGCAACCUGUCAUUGAGGGGGAACACUGGAAAGGGUCUGAAUUUUUCCAUCUAGAGGCCAAUCAGCAAAACAAGCCCUACACGCUCACUUAUGAACCCCUAACCAUGAGCUCUGAGAACAAGAAUCAUCAGGGCUCCAUCUACUUCCCACUGCCAAAUGGGACAGGCUUGUACUACCUCCUGCAAGGGACUGCUGAGGCCCCAAAAUGUUCAGGGACCAUUUUCCGGCAGGUGCCGUGUAGGACUCCCUACACUGAGCUCAUCCCUGUCUCCAACUGGCUGAACAGACCACAAAGGUUCUUUGUGGUGUUGAACAUAGCCAAACCCGAAAAACUGCAAAGCAGAUCUGUGCUGCAGGGGUUGGAAUACAUUGAUGUGCCGGGCUCUUCCAAGAAGGACUACCAGCUCACCUUCCUCUCCUACAAGGAAGGAGUCUUUAACGCAACGGUGACCUUCCUCAACGAGGUGACCAAGGAGUACUUGUUCUACCUGAUGACUUUCAAGGCCACCGCUUCAGGACCCAUCAGCACUGUUGAAGUGACCACCGCUGUUCGGCAGAGAGCGUCUUGCACUGUCAAGGUGCACAACCCUCUGCCUGUCCCGGUGACGUUUGCCGUGGGUUGCAAAGUGCCCGACGUCAAUGUUCCCCCACAUUUCACUGUUUCUGCGCAGUCGGAGGCCGAUCUUGUCUUUGAGUAUCAGCCCCUGAAAGUGGGUGAGAGCACCGGGCGCCUGGUGCUCCAGAGCAGCGACUUGGGCUCUUGCUACUACCACCUGCACCUGAAAGCCACCGUGAGCCAGCCGGAGAAGCCCCUCUACUUCUGUACCACGCUGGGCUCUAGUCAAACCAUCACCACCAAAAUAAUUAAUUACGCCCGGCAGAAGACUGACUACAUCCUCCAGACCAACUGCGCCGACUUCCAGACGGAGAAAACCAUCACGGUGGCCCCCGCCGGCUCGGGGGGCUCGGAGGUGAGCGUGGAGGUGACCUUUGAGCCCUGCCAGCUGGGCGAAGCCAAGGCCACCCUGCAGCUCUCCUCCUCGCUCUCAGGGGAAUAUAGCAUCCCCCUCUUCGGCCUCGCGCUCCCGCCUAAGCCCCAGGGCCCCUUCCCCAUCAAGGCGGGCGGCACCACCUCCAUCCCCUUCAAGAACAUCUUCCUGCAGUCCAUGGCCUUCCAGUACAGGACGGAGCACCCGGCCUUCAUCGUCAGGGCCCCCAAGAGCUUGCGCCCCAAGAAGACCACCUUCCUCACCGUCUCCUUUGAGGGUGGCCUGGCCCCCAGCAGGCCCCCCAUCACCAGCAAGAUGGUGGUCUCCUGCCCCAAGGCGGGGGAUGUGUCCUGGGUCUACUACCUGCAGGGCCUCCCCCCCCACAAGUGACCCGGGAACCCCCGGGGAACCCUCCCCCGUGGUGGGGGUUCACCCGUGAGCUGAGGGGACACUGACCGCUUGGUGCUGGGCUUGGACUAAACCUGUCUGGUUCGUAAUAAACCUGAUGGGUUUAGGAUAAACCUGCCCAGUUUGGACUAACCCCACUCGGUUUGGACUAAACCCGCUCGGUUUGGACUAAAGCCACACAGUUUGGAAUAAACCUGCUUGAUUUAGGAUAAA